UCCACCAAGAGAGCCUACAAACGAAUUUGUUGUCUGCCAGCCUGUGUGGUGGUCAUCUUGGUAGGUGUAGCAAUCCUCAUUGACCUCCUUCUGCUUCGCCUCUUUGAUUUCAACACAAUCGCCAUGCUCACUGAUUUGCGAGUUUUGCCCAUUUUUGUGAUAAUGAGCUCAGUCAUCUUCCUCGGUGUCUGUGCGUCUAUUCCGUCCCUUGCAAAUGCAGCAUUCGCCUACUUCUAUCGGCCAAAAACUCCACUGGUUAAGGCCAUUGAGGUCUAUGCGGCGGGGAGUUCCGAACUCCAUGGUAGGCACAAGAAGCGGUCUCCCAUUCUGGACAGAUUAACCGCUAGGCUUACCAGUGGAAAUAGUCCCACCAAGUCGAAUCUAAAUUGCCUUCAAAGUAGGCUAGAAGCAGCUGAUGUGCUUCCUCUCACCUCCUCCUGUGAAGUGGACAUUCUAGCCAAAAAAGAAUUCGCCAACAUCUGUGACAUGCUACAUGCCUUCAAUUUCUACCUUCAAGACAUUGAACAGACCCGUCUGGUGGUUAUGAUUGAUGCCACAGAUGCAACUUCGGCUGUACAACUUGCUGGCGUAUUCUAUCAAGUCCACAGUCUUUUGCUCACUCAACCGAAUGCGCCUAUUGCCUUCGUCAUUGCUACUAAUGUUACCGCCUUUUAUGAGAAAUCCACGAAUGUACCUCGUCCAGAUGACACCGUCUUCCAGGAGAGUCAAUCAGACGAAGCAAGUGAGGCUCUCAAUCUCCUUCGAGGCAUUGCAGAUUGCAACCAUCUGGUCCUCUUCAGUGUUCAAUUGCCCAUCUUCUUGGAUGCGGCCACUAUUAGCACCAACUCGUCUCUGAUUCAACGUCUCUGUGGUGCUAAAAAUCUCUCCACUCUCUUACAAAAUUUUGCCAACACUACACCCAUUUCACCCCAUCUCUCAACUGUAUUAAUGGAGGAUUUUGGAAAUGGAGACCACCUUCAGAUUGAACGCUCAAAAGUCAGUGUUGGCAGUGCUGCUGGCCAAAUAAACCAAGCGUAUACGUCUGCUGAGGAGCUCGGUCUUGCCUCGAGGGAGGCCGUUAGUGAGCCGUCAACAGUUAUUAAGACGGCUCCGUCCACCACAAGUUUGAGCGCUCAAAACCAACACCCUCAGCUACAGCAACUACUAAUGAAACAACAAUCCGACAGCAGUAGUACAGCACCAGCACUGGUGAAGAAUGUAAACACCUCAAGAAUGACCUCUACAAAGGCGGGUGCCAAGGGUAUUGCUGAGAUCUUCCUCGCUAAUGAGGAGAUGGCGGAUCUGAAUGUACCUGUCAUCCGAACUCUGGUGGCAGAGACUGCCUUUACGAGUAAGAAGCCUUCAUAUUGA